AUGGUCCUCGAAGGCUCUGAACUCGAAGCUGUUUUUGACGCCGACGUUGCCGAACAUGAGGUGGAGACCCCUCAAGGCAGAAUUCACUGCACCAUGAAGGGCGUCUCAAGGAAGAACCAACCUGCCAUCUUAACCUUCCAUGACAUCGGGCUCAACCAUAAAACCUGCUUCAGCAGCCUCUUCCACCACGAGGACAUGCAGGAGAUCACCCAGCACUUUGCCGUGUGCCACGUCGAUGCCCCCGGGCAGCAAGAGGGUGCGAGGACACUCUCCACUGGGUACAACUACCCAUCUAUGGACCAGCUGUCUGAUGCAAUUCCUUAUGUCAUUAAGCAUUUUGGCUUGAGCAGCGUUAUUGGAAUGGGCAUGGGUGCGGGCGCCUACAUCCUUGCGAAGUUUGCCCUGAACUACCCAGAGCUGGUGGAAGGGCUUAUUCUAAUCAAUAUUAACGUCUGUGCAGAGGGAUGGAUGGACUGGGCCACACAAAAGAUUACAGGGUGGACCAACGCUCUACCCGAUAUGGUCAUCGAUCACCUGUUUGCGAAGGAAGAAAUUCAAAACAAUCCCAACUUGGUUGAGACAUACCGCCAAUACAUCACGAACGACAUUAACCAGACCAACCUGCAGCAUUUUGUCAGGUCCUAUAACAGCCGGAGGGAUCUGGAAAUUGAGCGAUCGCUUGAAGGAGAGAAUAUGAACGUGCGAACCCUGACGUGCCCCUCCCUGCUGGUGGUCGGCGACAGCUCACCUGCUGUGGAAGCUGUAGUGGACUGCAACUCUAAAAUGAAUCCCACAAAGACUACACUGCUCAAGAUGGCAGACUGUGGAGGCCUUCCUCAGGUGGAUCAGCCUGGAAAACUGACAGAGGCCUUGAAGUACUUCAUCCAGGGAAUGGGUUACAUGCCCUGGGCCGGCAUGACCCGUCUGGUUCGCAGUCGCACAGCCUCGGCCGCUAGCCUCGGCGCCGAAGACAAACGCAGCCGAAGCAACACGGGCGAGCAAGGGCCACGUGCUCGCGCCCACACCGACACCUCCAUGGAGAGCGCCACCGAGCAGUCCUCACCCAAGUGA